AGAAAGAGAACAAACCUCUAGAAUCAAAGAAGUGGAUUUGUCGACUUGAAGAGCGCCUAGGGGAAUUCGGCAUAGACUAGUGUCAUUUAAACAGGGGAGAAGUCAUGAAAGUGUUGCUGUUAGAGUAACACAACCACGCUCAUGACUAGACUAGUCAUUAUUGUGCGAGAUUACACGGCCAGAAGUUGACGUUUGGGGUGGAAUAGGUGUAUUCCUUGCAUUGCCAUACAAAUUUGUUGCCAUGGUGUAUAGUGGCUUCACAGAUAUUGUUUGGCAAAGCCGCACAUUUUAUCGAGCAGUCAACUAGCUUCGUUUGGAGUUAAUCCGAUCAUCGAUAGCCGAUAAAAACAUCGAUAAUCCGCAUCGACCACAGGCAAAGAAGGACAAAAGAACACAUUGAUUUACGUACGUAACGGGCUGCACCAGUUAGGGUUUUACAUGUAGCGCACAAAGCACAGAAACCGCCCAUAGGCAAUUUACUAAUCGCGACAUGACUAUUUGAUGAUCCAAAGACUAGAGACACGUAUGAGGCAGUAGAGGAGGCAGUAGAGAUCCCAGUACCUCCGUGAGAUAAUCUACUGACUUUCAUUUACAAAACUGAAAAACACAACCACAAAAUGGGAUGCUACAAACGCUGUCAUCUAGUGGACUGGGCGAAGGAUGUUUCCGAUCUCCACGGACUGAAGCACAUAGCGGGCGAAGGCGGAGUGUUGCGCCGUCUGAUCUGGGCGGCGGUCACCCUAGCCGCGUUGAGUUACUUCAUCUACCUUAGCACUCUGUCCCUCAUUAGCUUCUUUCAGUACAAUCACGUCACCAAAGUCGACAUCAACUACGCGGACGAGUUGGAUUUCCCCGCGGUGACUAUCUGCAACUUCAACAAGUACCGUGAGUCGGCUUGGACCGAGCAAGACCUGAAGAAUGUGGGCACGCAUCUGGGUAUUAUUGACGAAGAGCACAAUCUCAUCAACCCAUAUUUGUACACGGAGGAAUUCAGGCAGAAUCUGGCGGCCGUUAACUGGUCGGAACAGGCCAUCGAUAAUGACUACGAUAUGACGGAGUUUACCAACCGUACAGGGCACCAGCUGGAUGAGAUGAUAGUGGAGUGUACAUGGAAAGGAUUGGAGUGCUCUCAUGAAGACUUUCAUCACGUCUUUUCUCAUCUGGGAAACUGCUACACAUUCAACCAUGUGGAGUCAGAAGACGAGCGCCAUUCGACCAUAUCCGCCGGCGUAGCCAAUGGACUGAAGUUGACCUUGAAUAUCCAGGAGGAGGAGUACACGCCUAGCAACGACCUAGACGGAGCAGCCGAGGAUGCAGGAAUCAAAUGGAUGCUGCAUCAUCCUUCAGAACCACCUUACGUCAAAGAGCUGGGCUUUGGGGCCGGGCCCGGCCACCACAAUUUUGUUGCAGUUCGUCACGAACAGAUAACAAACCUGCCCUGGCCCUACACAACUUGCGAAGGGGACGGAAGCCUGCAGUACUAUGACCACUACUCGCUGCAAGCCUGUCGUAUCGAGUGCGAGACCGAUCUAGUGGUGGAGCAGUGCGGGUGCCGACUGGUCGAGCAGCCCGGGACUGCCCCGGUCUGCAACCCGGCCGAGUCGCACGAGUGCGCUCAUGUUGUCCUACUUCAAGCGGUAACUGGUACUUUAGAGACUUCCUGCGAUUGUAGGGCACCGUGCGAGAUCGAGGCGUACCCCUUCACCUCCACCAACGUCAAACUUCGCGCCAACUUCAUAGAGACAAUAUACAGCAACAGCACUACGCACAACUUCACGGCUGAAUACAUAGAAAACAACCUGGUGCUGCUGUCUAUCUAUUUCGAGGCACUCAGCCAUGAAGUAAUUGAGCAACUUCCAGAGAUGACGGUUUUUAGUCUAUUGGCCACUCUGGGCGGUAACUUCGGUCUGUUCCUUGGUGGCAGUGUCUUGACUAUAUUGCAGUUGUUGGAGUACCUCUUCGAUGAGACCACCGCGUCUUGCACUUGCAACACCAAGACAAACCGCGUCGGUGAUUCCCGCGCAAAGCUGACGGCCAGCAAAGAGAAGGAUGUCGAAAAGGUCGAGGACAGCAUAUCAAUUAUCGAUAUUGGAAAAAAUGGCUCGACGGAUAGGUAGAUUUCAAGAUGAGAAAAAUAAAAGACUUGUAAAUUUACCACUGUAUUUACCACUAUCCACCUUGCCAUUUUAUACGCCGCGUGUUUUGUGUGUGUUGACCACAAACCCCACUUUUUUACUUCGGGGCAAAAUUGUGCACUUUAUAUGAGGUUGAUAAUGCCAGUGCCGUGCUCUUAAAAAAAGAUAAGUGGCAAGAAUGCCCGGAAAUGUUUAUUUGAUUUCUUUUUGAUAGGCCCAUAUACUUAACAACGGAGAAAGCUUUUUGAUAAUAUAAUGUCCACAACAUCUGUAACAUAUUUUUCUUGUUGAAUCAUUGGUUUCUUAAAGGGAGCCCUCUUUUGUUGCCGUGUAUUGGGGCAUUGGGCAACGGUAAUGAUUAACAAAAUCUGUAAAAAUGAUGUGCAUGAAAUUACCUUUGCCUCAAUAAUCAUUAGUUGCCAUUCUACGGGAGUUUCAUCAUAAGUUUUACACAUUUUUUGGAGCAACGCUUUGCUUUUGUAAAAUAAGCAUUAGGAAAUAUUCAUAAAUCACAUUUUGACUAUGAAUUGUGAAUAAAGUUUGUCAAUGUGUAUUCUUUCAA